CUCGGCGGCUUCCGCUCCUUUCUGAAAGCCUUCCCCGCGCGACCCGCGCCUUCAGUUCCGCCUGCGGGGGGAGGCGAGGCGGGGCCGGGCCGGGGAUGCUGCUGAGCCGCUUCGGCGGGCGGGAAACGGGGCAGGCGACGACGGUGCUCCGGCGGCUCCUCCGGGCCGGGGGCUCGGCCAGGUCCCGGAUCAUGAGAAACUGGGGGGUCCUCGGCGGGGUGGCCGCCGCCUUGGCCGCCAGCCUCUACGUCCUCUGGGGCCCCAUGGCGGGGAGGAAGAGGCGCAGGAAAGGGCUGGUGCCAGGGUUGCUUAAUCUGGGAAACACAUGCUUCAUGAACUCUCUUCUCCAAGGGCUGUCAGCGUGUCCGUCUCUCAUUCAGUGGCUGGAAGGAUUCGCCGGUCAGGACAUGGCUGGCCAAAGCAGGAGAGCUGGACAGCAGUCCCUGUCGCUGACCUUGCUUCGCCUGCUGAAAGCUUUAUCCUGCCAAGAGGCAAUGGAGGAAGGCCUCCUGGAUGCAAGCUGCUUGUUGGAGGUUUUAAGGCUGCAUCGCUGGCAAAUCUCCUCUUUUGAAGAGCAGGAUGCUCAUGAACUGUUCCAUGUUCUCACUUCCUCACUGGAAGAAGAACGAGAGGGUCAGGCACAGAUUCCACAUUUAUUUGAUGUGCAUUCACUGGAGGAGCCAGAAAUACCCCAAGAACAAAUAUGCUGCAGGACAAAAGGGCCACUUCACCCUAUGCCAAAUCGUUGGAAAUGUCAGCAUCCUUUUCACGGGAGGCUGACAAGUAACAUGGUUUGCAAGGGCUGCAAGCACCAGAGUCCCCUCAGAUACGAUACCUUCGACAGCCUUUCCUUGAGCAUCCCGGCCACCGUGUGGGGCCACCCCUUGACGCUGGAUCACUGCCUUCGCCACUUCAUCUCCUCUGAGUCAGUCAAGGACGUUGUAUGUGACAAUUGUACCAAAAUUCAGGCAGAAGGGACUGAGGGCAGCCAAAUUGCGGAGCACCAGAGGACCACAUUUGUUAAGCAGUUAAAGUUAGGAAAGCUCCCUCAGUGCCUCUGCAUCCACCUGCAACGGUUGAGCUGGUCCAGUCAUGGCUUGCCCCUGAAGCGGAAUGAGCACGUGCAGUUCGGCGAAUUCCUCAUCCUGGAUCUCUACAAGCAGCACUUUCCCACCCAUAAAUUGAGCCCCAGGGUGGGUCGGCAGGCCGAGCCAGACCCUGAGGAUGAUGUGGGACAGGCAGGGAACCACAAAUCCGCUCUCACCAACGGCACUUGCUGUGCUGCGUUGCUGCCUCCCUCCAUUGGUUUCCCUUUCGUGGCCAUUCCUGGUUGCGGCUCCCCCAGCUAUGUGUACCGUUUAAUGGCUGUCGUGGUCCACCACGGGGACAUGCAUUCAGGACACUUUGUGACCUACCGCCGUUCUCCGUCGCCUUCCCAGACUCUGCUGUCUGCCAGCAGCCAGUGGCUUUGGGUUUCAGACGACUUGGUGCGCAAGAGCACCCUGCAAGAAGUCCUGUCUUCCAGUGCCUACUUGCUCUUCUACGAGCGCACCGGCUCCAGGUGGCAGCAUCCAAGCCAGGAAUUCCAAGCUGAGGAAUAAUGGAGGGGACCAGGCUGGGCUGCUGUAGCUGCUGCCCUUCUCCAGGGCAAGAACCCACCAUCCUGGUUGCCGUGGCCACCCCAGGAUGAAAGGGAGGGGGUGCUUCUCCACAGGAGCCAGCUGGACGACCCUGCCUGAAGCCACACAGUUAGCGUCGUGCGUGUGAUUUUCACCCAUAUCAGAAAAGUCCUCAUGUGCUCGGGAGUAUUUUCUGUUCCAGGAACUUUAGGUAGAGACCUCUUAGAUUCCUCUCACUUGUGACUUUUACCUCUUCUGCUUCGAUGUGAUUUACUGCCUGUCUUUUAAAACAUUUCAUGCCUGCGGCAGAUUCAGUCAGGUAAGCAAUCGAGGGGAGGGCGAAAAAGAUUCUUUAAGUGCCUUGAUCUUGUUUUAAAACUGAGGCGUACCAGCGCUGGUGACCUGGAGGCAAGAGGACUGCUUGUGUGGGGCCAGCGCUCUGGAAUUCCAGGGGAAGCCGGUGGGGUAGAGGAGCGCUUGGAUUUGACUGGGGAUGAAGCCGCUUCCCAGAAGGCAGGUGGUAUCUUCGUACUGACAAGUCUGUUGUGAUUUAUUUUAUUAUUCAAAUUUAAUUACCAGAUCCAAUUACAUCAGAUUUCUUACCAGGUUCUCCUUAAGCAAUGAAAGGAAGUGUUUCCUAUUCCUUGCUAAUUCUGCCACCAGAAUUUGCUGAUUUAAAAUAUUUUGUACAUGAUAAAACUGCUGCUAAAAUAACAACUGUACUUAGAC